AUGAAAAAUGCAGUAGUAAUAAUAAACUAAUCUUAUAUUUUAUUUGCUUUUCCAAUCUUUGAAAAUCAAGAAAAUUUAAAGUAAGAUGAAACGGACGUUAUUUGGAUUUAUUCUUUAGAGAAUUAAGAUUGGGAUAAGAUUAAGAGAGAGUAAGACAAUAGGGAACAAUAUAAUGACAAAUUUUUCGAGCAACCUAUUGAAAAACCUGAUAAGAUAUCUGAUAAGUAAUAAAAAAUUAUUGGCUAAACAGUUUGUUAUUAGUCACACAUUUAAGAGGGUGUUAAAGAUUAUGAUAUUUAUAGUAUAUUUGGUGGUGAAUUAAUUGAUUCCUUUAAACCUGUGAAUUUAAUUUAAUACAUUUUUGUUAACCUACAAAAGAAGUUAUUUUACUCUAAAUAUAUCAGAAGAUCAUUAAACCCAUUUAAAGGGUCUCUUAAGCCAUCUCCGUAUUAAUUAGUUUUACCAAUAACAAACAUAGGCUAAUUCAAGGAAAUAAAAUGUGCCUAUUUAAUUUUAAGACCCUUUAAUUAGACAAAAAAUAAUUAUUAUGAGGCAAUGCUUAAUCCUUCUAAUGUUACAAAAGCACAGUUGGUUAUAUUUUUGAAAUAAACCUAAACAACUAUUUUCCUCGAUAUUCGAUAUAAGAUUCCCAAAAGCUCUAAAUAUCGUCUUAAUAUUUUGGAGAUGAUGAAUUAAGAUGUGAAUUGGAUGGAAAUUUAGUAAUCAAAAAUCAAUAAAUGGCAAUGGAAAGCAGUUUUUACUAAUUUUAUCAAAUUAAAAAAUUUGAAGUUAAUUGAUAAAACAUCAAAAUUUAAUUAAAUUCCAUAAAAAACCUAAAUUAGAAAAGACAGCAAAAAUGAAUAAUUAGAUAAACAAAAAAAUCGCUAAAACAUUUCUUAAGAUGUAAAAUAAAACUAAAACAAAGGUAAGCUAAUACAUCAUGAUGUUUCGAAUGGAACAUUAGUAUCCCUUUAAUUUACUAUCACAUUAAAAUAUGAAGAAUAUGAAAAGGAUAUUCAGGGAACUGGAAUAGAUGGUUUACCAUUUACUUCUAAGGAUUGGUUAGUUGAAACAGAUAUUUCUUGGGAUUGGAUACUUAAAUAAGGUGAAUGA